AUGGAAUUUGCCAUUCACAGCAUCAAAAAUGUUACGCUGAACAUGUGCGCUAACGCGUGCACAACUAAAGUAGAGGGUCACGAGUGCUCGUCAUUCGAAUACGAUGCGCGGUCGCAAGAAUGUUCUAUUCAUGCAGAAGACGGGCAGCCGUUCGGAGCCAGCGUUCUGACGAAGACCGACGGACCGAUCGCCUUCUUUCAACAGGUGUGCGUGAGAGGCGAUGCUCUUUGUUCAACACCGUACGCGUUUGAAAGGUAUCCUCAAAGUCUGCUCAUCGGUCAUGCAAUGAAGGUGAUUUUUGUCGUCGGAGUGUCAGAAUGCUUGUCGCGGUGUCUGACAGCCCCAACUUCACUACACACACAAUGCCGUUCGGUGAUGUUCUUCUACAAGACCGGCGAAUGCAUUAUAAAUCGCGAACGACGGCAGUGA